AUGUCUGACUAUGAAGAUGAUAUGGAUGUAGAUGGUCCUGUGACCAAAGAUGCCAUCACUUUCAGCUCAGACAACACCAAUGCGAAGGGCAAAAGAAGCGCUGCAAAUUUACCCGUUGAAGCUGAAGAUAGUCUGCCAUGGGUCGAAAAGUACCGACCAGACACCCUAGACGACGUCUCAGGUCAUCAGGAUAUUCUCACGACCAUCAAUAAAUUCGUUGACUCUAAUAAACUACCACAUCUACUGCUCUACGGGCCACCAGGCACCGGAAAGACGUCUACAAUCUUAGCACUUGCGAGGAGGAUAUACGGAAAUAGGAAUAUGCGUCAGAUGGUCUUAGAGUUGAAUGCCAGUGACGACAGAGGAAUUGAUGUCGUGCGAGAACAGAUCAAAACCUUCGCGAGCACGAAGCAGAUUUUUACGUCUCUGCCAAAAACAGGCGACGACCAAUCAAUCCGGGCAUUCAAACUCAUCAUCUUAGAUGAAGCCGACGCAAUGACAGCGGUAGCGCAGAUGGCUUUGAGACGAAUAAUGGAGAAGUACACAACUAACACAAGGUUUUGCAUCAUCGCAAACUACACGCACAAGCUUUCCCCAGCGUUAUUAUCCAGAUGCACAAGGUUUAGAUUUAGUCCAUUAAAGGAACCGGAUAUCAGACAAUUAGUAGAUCUCGUUAUCGAGAAAGAAGAAGUGAAAAUUCAACCUGAGGCCAUUGACAGCCUUGUCAGAUUAAGUAAAGGGGAUAUGAGGCGAGCAUUGAAUGUUUUGCAAGCUUGUCACGCGAGCAGCACACCACUCCUAGUCAAAGGCCAGCCUCCGCCGAAGACGAUCAAGCGAGAACUCAUCACGAAUGAAACCAUAUAUGACUGUAUAGCUGCACCUCAUCCGGCAGACAUCCAGAUGAUCCAAGAUACCCUCCUCGCCACCCCAGACAUCACUUCCUGCUUGAACACCAUCAAUCACUUGAAAUCCAGCCGAGGCCUCGCUCUUGCUGACAUACUGACCGCUCUUGGAGAAGAGCUUGCCAAACUUGAAGUUCCACCACAGACGAGAGUAGCUUGGCUUCAUGGGCUUGCGGAGGUAGAGUAUCGGUUGAGUGGAGGAGGGAAUGAGGUCAUGCAGACUGGUGGUCUGGUAGGUGUGGUGAGGCAAGGGUGUGAUUUAAUGGAGCAUGGUGGGACGAGGUGA